AAAACCGUACUAAUAAGUAGCAGUGGAGGCCACCACCACCACCGGCCCUUCUUACCCAAUCCCGCGGUUUUAAGCCUCUCGCUCCUCUUUUGCGUCCGUCUCUCGGAGCUUUUCAGUUCUCAGCAGAAGCCCUGGUCGUCGCUCACAAAUUUUCGGGUUUUCCAAAAGACUUGAUAUUUCAUCAUGAGGAGGUAUCAAGCUUUACCUCCCAUCCUUCUCUGUGGUUCCUUCUUCUUCUUGUUCCUCCUGUUGGCCGUCGGCAAGAUCUCGGCGGCAGACAGCAGCAACAGCACCUACAACGCCCGGGACAAGAUUUUCCUCAACUGCGGUGCCUCCGGGCAGGUCACAGACACCGACGGCCUCAACUGGACCGGCGACGCCGGCUCAAAGUAUGCCCCCUCCAUCAACGGCGCCGGCGCCAGCGCCUCCUCCCAGGACUCCUCGGUCCCGCAAAUCCCCUACAUGACCGCCCGGGUCUUCACCUCCCCCUACACCUACACCUUCCCUCUCGGCCCCGGCGGGAAAUUCGUUCGCCUUUACUUCUACCCUUCCAACUACUCCAGCCGCGCCGCCUCCGAUGCGUUCUUUUCCGUCACCGCCGGAUCCAACACCCUUCUCCAGAACUUCAGCGCCUACCUCACCGCCAAUGCCCUUAACUUCAACUACCUCGUCCGCGAGUACUCCGUCAACGUCUCCUCCGGUGCCCUCAACCUCACCUUCACCCCUUCUCCUGACCAUCCCAACUCUUAUGCCUUUGUGAACGGUAUCGAGAUUGUCUCGAUCCCCGACGAUAUCUUUAAUCCCGUCAAUCCAUUGCUUGUCGGAACCUCCACAUCCUACACCAUGGAGGACGGUUCGGCUACCCAGACCGUCUACAGGCUGAAUGUGGGCGGGCAAGCCAUUUCUCCCACCCAAGAUUCUGGCUUGUUUCGCUCCUGGGAUGAUGACACACCAUACAUAUAUGGCGCUGCAUUUGGUGUCACCUACUCCAACGACCCGAAUGUUUCGAUUCAGUAUCCGGCCAGCGUGCCGGAAUACAUCGCGCCGGAGGAUGUGUACUCGACAGCACGGUCGAUGGGGCCUGAUGCACACAUCAAUCUGAACUAUAAUCUCACAUGGAUCCUUCCGGUGGAUGCUGGGUUUUACUACCUCGUGAGGCUUCACUUCUGUGAGAUCCAGUAUCCAAUCACCCUGCCGAACCAGAGGGUCUUCAAUAUCUAUCUCAACAACCUGACCGCCGUAGAGGGCGCCGAUGUGAUUGCUUGGAGCGGCGGAAUUGGCAAGGCAGCGUACGAGGACUAUGUGGUGAUAACUUCAGGAACCGGCUCUAUGGAUUUGUGGGUAGCACUCCAUCCUGAUGUUGCAGCCAAGCCAGAGUACUAUGAUGCUAUCUUGAAUGGGAUGGAAGUCUUUAAGCUGCAGAACAGUAAUGGAAGUCUUGCUGGACCCAAUCCAGCACCACCGCCGCAGCAAGAUGUGGAUCCCGGCAAGGCUUUCCAUCGCGAUAAUCGCAAGUCCAAGGUUAGAGUCCCAGCCAUCGCUGGCGGGGUGAUCGGUGGGGCUGCACUCCUGGUGGCUGCCUGUUGCUUGUUCACGAUGUGCAGGCAAAAGAAGAAGAAGAGAGGAAAGGACGCAGGCCCCAGCGACGGGCCUUCAGGUUGGCUGCCGCUCUCUCUCUACGGCAACUCGCACUCGGCGGCAUCAGUCAAGACGAACACAACCGGAAGCUAUGCCUCCUCGCUCCCAUCCAACCUCUGCCGCCACUUCUCCUUUGCAGAGAUCGAGGCGGCCACCAAUGGAUUCGACGAAGCCCUCCUCCUCGGCGUCGGCGGGUUCGGAAAAGUCUACCGUGGGGAGAUAGAUGGCGGCUCCACUAUGGUCGCAAUAAAGCGUGGGAACCCGAUGUCCGAGCAAGGCGUGCAUGAAUUCCAGACCGAGAUCGAGAUGCUGUCCAAGCUCCGCCACCGCCAUCUCGUCUCCUUGAUCGGUUACUGCGAGGAGAACUGCGAGAUGAUCCUGGUGUACGACUACAUGGCCCAUGGGACGCUGCGCGAGCACCUCUACAAGACCCCGAAGCCGCCCCUCCCUUGGAAGCAGCGGCUUGAGAUCUGCAUCGGUGCCGCUCGCGGCCUUCACUACCUCCACACCGGCGCCAAGCAUACCAUCAUCCACCGAGAUGUGAAGACCACCAACAUUCUUCUGGAUGAGAAGUGGGUCGCCAAGGUUUCGGAUUUCGGGCUUUCGAAGACCGGUCCUACGCUCGACCACACUCAUGUGAGCACGGUGGUGAAGGGCAGCUUCGGCUAUCUGGACCCGGAGUACUUCCGGCGGCAGCAGCUUACCGAGAAAUCCGAUGUAUACUCUUUUGGGGUUGUACUCUUUGAGGUCCUCUGUGCUCGGCCGCCUCUCAAUUCAGCGCUUCCCAAGGAACAAGUGAGCUUGGCGGAGUGGGCACUGCACUGCCAGAAGAAGGGCUUCCUCGAUCAGAUCAUCGAUCCCUAUCUCAGGGGCAGGAUUGCUUCACAGUGCUUCAAGAAGUUCGCGGAGACCGCCGAGAAGUGCGUGUCCGACAAGGGAAUGGAGCGGCCAUCCAUGGGCGAUGUCCUCUGGAACCUCGAGUUCGCGCUCCAGCUGCAGGAGAGCGCGGAGGAAAGCGGCAGCCUCAUGGACGGCGCAACCUCGGAGGAGGGCACGCCUCUCAUGAUCGUGCGGAAGAAUGAUCCCAGCGAUCCGUUGGUGGAAUCGACGACGACAACGACGACGACCACCACAAUGAGCAUGGGAGGCCGGAGCAUCGCAAGCGAGGACUCUGAUGGGCUGACGCCAAGUGCCGUGUUCUCGCAGAUCAUGAACCCCAAAGGGCGGUGAGAUCUGAUGGUGCGGUGAACAAUGCCGCUGCUGUUUAUCAUCUCUACACGGAAACUAGCCCCUCUUAUUUUUCCCUAUUUUAUUCAGUAAUAUUUGAUGAGUUGUGUUGUAAUUUAUUAGACCCUGGGAUCUCCUAAAUUCAAUCUGAUAUACAACUUGUAUCUGUGCUUGGAAGAAUAUGUUUUGGUUGUCAGUUGCUGCAA